UUAUCUAAAAAUAGGGACGAUUUUGAGUUUUUUUUUUCGUUACCCUUUUUGGCCUUGUAAAUUAUUGUGUUAAACCCUAGCCCUACUAGGGUUUAAGAAGAAUCUUGAUUGCUGAACAAAAGAAGCCCCAAAAUUUUCGGAUACAACUCUUUGCAUACAUUUAUAAGGCCCAGAGAUUUAAUAUUGGAUAGUCCUAUGGCUGAGCUUGUUACUGAUGGAAUUUCUGUGGUAAAUGAAGUUGAGGGUUCUUUAAAGUUGGAUUCUUUGAUUUGUUUGAAUCAAGAACAGGGUCAAAUUGGGUUUUUUCAGAAAAGUGAUGUUGAAAAUGAGGGUUCCUUAGAGUUGGAUUCUUUGAGUUGUUUGAAUCAAGAACAGGGUAAACAUGGGUUUUUUGAGAAAAGUGAUGUUGAAAAUGAGGGUUCUUUAAAGCUGGAUUCUUUGAGUUGUUUGAAUCGAGAAAGUGAAAAUGGGGUUUGUGAUAAUGGAUUGAUUGAGUUGCCGGAAGGGAAUGAUUUGGGUUGUAUAGUUGAGAAGGAGAUGGGGAGAGUUAGUAUAAGUGGGACAGAGAAUGAAAGACAAGCUGGUAAUGUGGCGGCGGCGGCGAUUAGCAAGAAUGAGGAGAGUGAUAAAGUUGACAUUAGUAACAAGGCUGAGGAAAUAAUUGUGAAUGAUGGCAAGUUGAAAGGUAAUAAAGAUGUGAGUAAUAGUGAUACGGAGUCUGAAAGUGAAGAUGAAAGUGAAAGUUCGUCGUCUUCCUCCGCCUCUAGUAGUGAUAGUGAUGAGGAGGAGGAAGAAGAUGAGAGUAGUUCAGAUGAGGAAGCAGAAGGGGAUGUGGAUAUGGAAGAAGGUGAGAUUGUGGUAUCUGAUCCUGAUGAGAUGGUGGAAUGGGAUGAUGGCGAUGAUGAUAGUGGUGGUGCUAAGGGACCUAUCAGGUCUAAGAACGAGCUUCAGGUUCUACCGCCAGUUCCGGAAGUUACUGCAACCUUACAACCACAUCACAAGAUGCAGCCUGUAGGAGUUGUGUCAUCGAUUAUUGGGGCCCAAGUUGUAAUAGAAGGAGUGGAGAAGCAUACUCCUCUUAAUGAUGGUUCUAUUCUCUGGAUAACUGAAAGCAGAUCUCCACUAGGUAUAGUAGAUGAGAUUUUUGGGCCUGUCAAGAAUCCGUACUACAUUGUAAGAUACAAUUCCGACCACGAAGUUCCUCUUGGAAUCCACCCAGGCACCUUGAUCUCCUUUGUCCCUGAAUUUUCAAGUCGCAUCUUAAAUGACAACAGUCUUUACAAGAAAGGGUAUGAUGCGUCGGGUGAAAAUGAUGAAGAGAUGUCUGAGGAUGAAUUUUCAGAUGAUGAGAAGGAGGCUGAAUACAAGAGAAUGCAGAAAAUGAAAAAGAGGGGCAUCACAAAUGACCAGAAACCAGGAAACAACAAAAAGGACAAAAGAAAAUCCAAAAAUCGAUCUCAGAACUGGAAACAUGAUCAAGGUGCGGCUACACAUAUGCAAAGUGAGAAUGGUAAGUCGCCAUCAGAUGACCAAAGUCAACGUUUCAUCCCAACUGCUGGUGCUUCACUUGAUCAAGGCAUUCACCAAAGCGCAUCUCUUCAAGGACAUGGACAGAGUAUUAGGCCUCCAUCAGUCCCUCCAUUCCCUCAAAUGCAGAAUUCCCCUGGCUUAGCAGCACCGUCAAAUGGAGUUUGGACUAAUGGAAUCCCAUUUCAACAGCCCCAGAAUAUGGGCUUUCCUAACAUGAUGCCGAAUAUUGGUAUGCCAUUUCCCCAGCAAGGUCAUCCACAGCAAAUCUUUCAAAUGCCUUUUUUUGAGCAGCAAAUAAAUCCAAAUGUUCCGUCUAGCUUUAUGUUCCCAGGUGGACUACCAAAUUUUGGUGCAGGGCCAUCAUUUGCACCUUGGCCUGCCUUUGGACAAAAUGUUUUUAAUCAAUCACCUAUGUCGAUGGGCUUACCAGGCCAAUUUACUCCUGCACCCGUGCAUUUGGGAGGUCAGAUACCAGCACAUGGGCCGCAAUCAGGACAGAACAAUAAUUCACAACCAAAUGUUAUGGUUCCUGGCAAUAUUAAUGGCUCUCCAAACUUCAAUCAAGGUCAAUCACCUUUGCCAAUGAGCUUACCAGGCCAAUUUACUCCUACGCCCAUGAAUUUGGGAGGUCAGGUACCGGAGAAUGGACCAAAAUCAGGACAGAACAAUAAUUCACAACCACGUGCUGUGGUUCCUGGCUAUAAUAAUGGCUCUCCAAACUUCAAUCGAGGCGCUCAUUCUGGUCAUAGAGGGAAUCACAGGGGUGGUGGCCGUUUUGGCGGUAGGAGAGGCAGGUCACAACGUAACUGAAGGUGAAAAACCUUUUACUCUGUAACUUCCAUUAGAAAAUUAGUAAUAGAUUUGCGGUUUUACUUUCCCUUCUCCUUUAGAGAUCCAAGUGUGUGCAGGACUAUCCACCUUUGUAUUGCUUCAUCUAAUGUAGUGAAAUUUAUCGCAAAUUCUAAAUAUUUUCUUUUCA